AGUGCGACCAGGAAGUAACUCACUUUUAUUAAAGGCCACACUGUCUCUACACCUGUCAGACAUAUACAGCUGGGCGUCGGAAAUCAGCAAUGGCUGUUUGUGGAUGUUUUCUGCUGGGGCUCCUGGCUGUACUUCGAUAUCGGAUGAGCAAUGCUGCCACUACAACAACACCAUCUCAACAAGUCUUCGGUGAUGUAUGUACCGAGACAUCCCAGUGUGACACAACCUCAGACUUCAACAUCGUGUGUAUUCAAGCUGGACCAGACAAGAAGUGCCUCUGUACUGAUGGAUGGUAUAGGCCAGGUACAAGCACAACACCUUGCGCUCAAACAACCGUUUUAAAACCAGUCAUCACAGGUACACCAGCUAUAGGAGCAGGUAAUAUUGCCAUCAGCUGGACCAAUACCGAUGUCACUGGAGGGUACACAUCCAGCUAUACCGUAACGUGGUCUCCAGGAUCUCCAGGAUCUGCCAGUACAACCCAGAAGAGCUACAACAUUCAGUCCCUGUCUCUAGGAACAACAUACAUUGUCACAGUUAAACAUAUCAUCACACAGCACGGCAGGAGGCAGACGAUUUCCUCGGACCCAAGGGCAUUUACAACGAGAAGACAAGUCUUCGGCGAUGUAUGUACUGAGACAUCCCAGUGUGACACAACCUCAGACUUCAACAUAGUGUGUAUACAAGCUGGACCAGACAAGAAGUGCCUCUGUAAGGAUGGAUGGUAUAGGCCAAAUGCAAGUCCAACAUCUUGCGCUCAAACAACCGAUCUACAACUAGUCAUCACAGGUACACCCACUAUAGGAACAGGUAAUAUUGCCAUCAGCUGGACCAAUACCGAUGUCACUGGAGGAUACACAUCCAGCUAUACCGUAACGUGGUCUCCAGGAUCUCCAGGAUCUGCCAGUACAACCCAGAAGAGCUACAACAUCCAGUAUCUGUCUCCAGCAACAACAUACACUGUCACAGUUGGUCUUAUCAUCACACAGCACGACAGGAGUCAGCUGAUCACCUCGGACCGGAGGACAUUAACAACAACAAGACAAGUCUUCGGUGAUGUAUGUACUGAGACAUUCCAGUGUGACACAACCUCAGAUUUCAACAUCGUGUGUAUUCAAGCUGGACCAGACAAGAAGUGCCUCUGUAAGGAUGGGUGGUAUCGGCCAAAUACAAGUCCAACAUCUUGCACUCAAACAACCGAUCUACAACUAGUCUUCACAGGUACACCCACUAUAGGAGCAGGUAAUAUUGCCAUCAGCUGGACCAAUACCGAUGCCACUGGAGGAUACACAUCCAGCUAUACCGUAACGUGGUCUCCAGGAUCUCCAGGAUCUGCCAGUACAACCCAGAAGAGCUACAACAUCCAGUAUCUGUCUCCAGCAACAACAUACACUGUCACAGUUGGACUUAUCAUCACACAGCACGGCAGGAGUCAGCUGAUCACCUCGGACCGGAGGACAUUAACAACAACAAGACAAGUCUUCGGUGAUGUAUGUACUGAGACGUCCCAGUGUGACACAACCUCAGACUUCAACAUAGAGUGUAUUCAAACUGGAACAGACAAGAAGUGCCUCUGUAAGGAUGGAUGGUACAGGCCAAAUGCAAGUCCAACAUCUUGCACUCAAACAACCGAUAUAAAGCCAGUCAUCACAGAUCCACCAACUAUAGGAGCAGGUAAUAUUGCCAUCAGCUGGACCAAUACCGAUGUCACUGGAGGAUACACAUCCAGCUAUACCGUAACGUGGUCUCCAGGAUCUCCAGGAUCUGCCAGUACAACCCAGAAGAGCUACAACAUCCAGUAUCUGUCUCCAGCAACAACAUACACUGUCACAGUUGGACUUAUCAUCACACAGCACGGCAGGAGUCAGCUGAUCACCUCGGACGAAAGGACAUUUACAACAACAAAUCAAGUCUUCGGCGAUGUAUGUACUGAGACAUCCCAGUGUGACACAACCUCAGACUCCAACAUAGUGUGUAUACAGGCUGGACCAGACAAGAAGUGCCUCUGUAAGGAUGGAUGGUAUAGGCCAAAUACAAGUCCAACAUCUUGCACUGAAACUAGCCCACUAAAAUCAGUCAUCACAGGUACACCAACUAUAGGAACAGGUAAUAUUGACAUCAGCUGGACCAAUACCGAUGUCACUGGAGGGUACACAUCCAACUCUUCAGUAACGUGGUCUCCUGGAUCUUCAGGAUCUGCUCCUACAACCCAGAAGAGCUACAACAUCCCGUCUCUGUCUGCAGGAACAACAUACACUGUCACAGUUGGACUUACCAUCACACAGCACGGCAGGAGUCAGCUGAUUACCUCGGACCUGGGGACAUUUACAACAAAGCAAGUCUUUGGUGGAACUUGUACUGACCGGACCCAGUGCGACACCUCAGACCAGAACAUCAACUGUGUGCAGAUGAGAUGCCUCUGUAAGAAUGGGAUGUACAAGCCAUCAACGAUAUCAUUCUGUACGGAAACAAGCAUUCUAAAACCAGUCAUCACAGAUGCACCAACUAUAGGAGCAGGUAAUAUUGAUAUCAGCUGGACCAAUACCGAUGUCGCUGGAGGGUACACAUCCAGCUAUACAGUAACGUGGACUCCAGGAACUACAGGUUCUCUAGCAUCUGUUACUGCAAACCAGAAGAGCUACAGCAUCCAGCCACUGUCUCCAGCAACAACAUACACUGUCACAGUUGGACUUAUCAUCACACAGCACGGCAGGAGUCAGACGAUUACCUCGGACCAAAGGACAUUUACAACAAAACAAGUCUUUGGUGGUGAAUGCAGUAACCCACUCGUGUGUGACACAACAGACCCCAACAUUCAGUGUAUACAGUCAAACAUGAAGUGUCUCUGUACAGAUGGGAUGUAUAAGCCAGCAGCAGCAACACUGUGUCAGAACACUAGCCCACUAAAACCAGUCAUCACAGAACCACCAUCUACAGGGACAAGUAAUAUUUACAUCAGCUGGACCAAUACCGAUGUCACUGGAGGGUACACAUCCAGCUAUACAGUAGCGUGGUUACCAGGAUCUCCAGGAUCUUCAGGAUCUUCAACAUCUGCUCCUAUAACCCAGAAGAGCUACAACAUCCCGUCUCUGUCUCCAGGAACAGCAUACAGUAUCACAGUUAGACACACCAUCGCACUCUACGGCAGGAGUCAGACGAUUUCCUCGGACCAAAGGACAAUUACAACAAGGAUAGGCUACAACGGAAGCUGCUCACAACCUGGUUUGUGUUACGAUGCCAGUGCCAACUGUUACAGUGACAGGUGUCGCUGUGAUCCGAGAUUCUACCGAACUACAACCUGUGUCAGCAUCAACCAACUUCGUCCUACCACUGUGACGGCUGUCGCACAAAGCACAACCACCAUGACAGCAGCCUGGACAGCUCCUUCUAACGGCGUCGUUACCGGGUACGAGGUCACGGUUACACCAGGGGACAUUCCUCCAGUCAGUGUCGGUAGAGACAGCAGGACCACGCCCAUCACACGUCUGACACCGGGGAGAGUAUACACUGUGAACGUGAAGACAAAGAUUACCUACCUGCCAGGACGAGAUGAGAUGACUGAUGCUGUAUCUGCAGCAGCAAUGCGAACAACGCCGGCUUCUGUCACGGGCCUGGACAUGACCAAAACCAACUUGACCGCUCCCGACAUUACCAUUGUGUUCGCCAAGGCUGCUGGGGAUGCCACCAUGUACAUUGUGACACUCAGAGGACGGGAUGGAGAUACAUACAUCCAACAACGUCAACCUGUCAACACUGGACAGGGUCCCAUCUCUGUCGUCUUCACUGGUGUUGUCCCAGCUGUAUCGUACAACCUGAACAUACUAACACAGAGUGGGAACCUCCAGAGUGUACCCUAUACCACUGUGAUACGAGUAGUGUCAACUCCUGCCGGAAUAGUUACCAAUCUGAAGUCGUUUGACAACACGUCCCGCUCUGUUGCUGUGGAAUGGAGCAGACCAGUCAACCCGAACGGGCAGAUCUAUGAAUACAUUGUCGACGUGAGGACGGGUGGUCCCUCAGUCUGUGUGAAGCGGGUCAUCAUCAACUGCACUGAAUGUAGCAGAGAAAUGGCAAACUUUACAAAGAUGGAGACCGAAUGUGACCCAACCAUGACUGUGGUGAUAACCCAGGCUGACAUUGAAAACACCGCCCACGUCAUACAGCACAACAUAACAGGCCUGAACCCAGAUACACCCUACACCAUAGACGUAGUAGCUGUCAAUGAAGAGGGGCCAGGAGCAACCGGCCAAAUUAAUCUACACACACCCGAGGAAGGUGCUGGUGACCCUACUACCUUCACGGCACAGAGCAGGUCAUCAAGCGAGAUAACUCUUAUAUGGGAUCCUCCACAACCCCGACCUGGUGUCACUCGGUACAACAUAAUUGUGUAUGAAAAACAGGAAAACAGCGAGGGUUACGACAGUGUGAAGUUCAUAACACUUUUAGGGUGGGAAAAAAAGACGGAUACCUUUGGCAAUCUCUCCAGCUAUUGGUUGUACAAGUUUGAUAUAGUAGCUGAAACAAAAAUUGGUGCUUCAGCCAUUGUCAGCAGCAGCCCUGGAAGGACGAUGGAAUCAGAGCCGACGGGUGUAUUGGAAUUGAAAGUCGAGGACAUCACUGGUGUGUUUAACCAGGUACAAGUGUCGUGGAAGUGUCCUAAACAGAAGGAUGGUAGAAAUGGAGUGAUUGUUAACGCCAAUCUGCAUUAUUUCACAAAACAACAGUCGACAUAUAAUCCUAUAAGGAGGAAUGAGAACUUCACCAAUAACGGCGACUGCAUGUGGGACGUCAAGGUGAACGUAACUACAGAAUUCAAGUAUCUCUUCGAGGUCCGUCUCUACAACAGAGGGUUUGCAGGCUCUGUUGUCGGUGUAAGCAAAGACAUAGUGGGAGGUGCUCCAUCACAGACGGCAGUUAUGAAUUCCGUGAGAAGAGGAACUGGGGAAUCAGAGACGCCACCAUUACUCAUCUGUCCCAGAUGUCUUUAUGAUCGCACAAAUGGUCAAGUAAACAAGACGGGGUUGAUUGUAUGCCGAAAAGAAAAUUGUGGGCAAGUCGGAAAUCGUGACCAAAAAACUACUACAAUGGAUUAUGACAAUAUGGCCAACUGGAAUGCAGCCAAUGCGCAAGAUUUUAGUAUUCCCUACAGAGCAACAAAAGACGACUGGCUAAAGGGAGUUGUUGGACGAUCAAGCCUACUAUUCUCUCUCGGAAAUGAGGAUUGCAGUGGAAACACGAAAAAUCUCUUUUGUAAUGGAAAACUCCCUACAGGGAAAACAUUUAUUGUAUAUGCAUACUCUUGCACCAAUCAUGGAUGCACCACGAGCAGCAGAAUAGAAAUAUCAACACCAGCACCAGUACCUGUUGCUGCUGUGGUCGGAGGUGUAGUUGUUGCGGUAGUUGCCAUACUGGUCGUUACAGGCAUCAUAAUUUUCCUGCGACGAAGAAAAGCACACAAGGAAAGGUCCAACACGAGCAGAGAUCAAGUCCGCCCAGAGCAAGAUGACGUAUACGACAAGAUUCCUGAUGGUCAGAUGGUCGACAGCAGCCACAGUAACGAGGGUUAUGUAAACUAUGUGUCAGGACAAUCCUCUCGGAACACAGACAAUACCUAUGACGCACUUACCACUUACCAGAAUGCAGAUGGUCAUGAUUAUGGGAGGAUAAAUGUUGAAACAAGUUUUAAAUAGAACUACAAGUAGCAAUAGCAAAAUGAGUACAUGUUCUUCAAAUGCAAUCCUGUAUAGUACAUGCAGCCAACCUUUACAAAUGUUAGUGCUGUUUAGUUUGUGAUGAUGAGUACUCAGGAUAAUAGUCAAUGUGCAUGUACGUGACAGGUAAAAUGUUUUAAAUAAAAGUGAGUGAGUGAGUUUAGUUUCACGCCGCACUCAGCAAUAUUCCAGCUAUAUGGCGGCGGU